AUGGAAAACAGUGUUGAUAUCAAGAUAGAAAACAAGGGGGAAAGAAACCCAAUAAAGCAGAAUCAACUGAUCAAAGCUGGCAAGAGGUUCUGCAGAGGUGUUGGGUACCUCACUGGAGACAUGAAGGAAUUUGGAACCUGGCUAAAAGAUAAACCUCUCAUGAUCCAGUUUGUUGACUGGGUGCUGCGUGGAAUAUCCCAGGUGAUGUUUGUCAACAAUCCCAUCAGUGGGAUCGUUGUCGUUGCUGGCUUCCUGAUGCAGAACCCAUGGUGGACACUUACAGGCUGUUUAGGAAGUGUUGUCUCCACUUUAACAGCACUUAUUCUGGGUCAGGAUAGGUCAGCCAUAGCAGCAGGCCUGUAUGGCUACAACGGGCUCUUGGUGGGAUUGCUCAUGGCCAUCUUCUCUGAUAAGGGAGACUACCACUGGUGGCUUCUACUGCCUGUAGCACUGGUGUCCAUGACAUGCCCUGUUUUCACCAGUGCUUUAGGCUCAGUCUUCUCUAAGUGGGAUCUGCCUGUUCUCACCUUGCCUUUCAACUUGGCCUUGACCCUCUACCUGGCUGCAUCAGGACCCCAUAACCUCUUCUUCCCUACAAUUGUCAUUCAGCCUGCAACAGCAACACCAAAUAUCACCUGGACAGAUGCUGAACUGCCAAUGCUCCUGCAAUCCAUUCCAGUUGGAGUGGGUCAGGUUUAUGGCUGUGAUAACCCCUGGACUGGGGGAAUCUUCCUGAUUGCUUUAUUUAUGUCUUCUCCUCUCAUUUGCUUGCAUGCAGCAAUUGGAUCAGCAGUGGGGAUGCUGGCAGCACUGAGCUUAGCAACACCUUUUAGCAAAAUCUACUGUGGCUUGUGGGGCUACAACAGCUCCCUCUCAUGCAUUGCCAUUGGAGGUAUGUUCUACGCUUUCACCUGGCAGACACAUUUGCUGGCAAUUGCCUGUGCGCUCUUCACUGCCUACCUGGGAGCAGCAGUGACUAACAUGUUGUCUGUGUUUGGAGUACCAUCAGGAACCUGGGCUUUUUGCUUGUCUGCACUGACCUUCCUGUUGAUAACUACAAACAACUCUGCCAUCUACAAACUGCCACUCUCCAAAGUCACCUAUCCAGAAGCCAAUCGAGUCUAUUACCUGAAGAUGAAGAAACAUCAGAGAUCUUGCUGUGAUGUAUGAAGACCCAAGAAGAGAGAUACUUUGCAGGUUUUAAGGCAAGAGAACAAGGU